AUGAUCAACAACAACGACUACGAUGCCGCCUGGGCGCUGCUCACGUUGCGCUACGAGGACAAGCGGAUCGUUGUGGACAAACUCGUGGAGAAACUCUACGGUCUACCGAAGAACAGCCAGGAGGAUGCUGCGGAGCUGCGGAAGGUGAUCGACACCUGCACGAAGAACGUUGACGCCUUGAAGAACCAGGAACUACCGAUGGCUUGGCUCGGCGAGCAGAUGCUGGUCAACCUCAUCGUGGGCAAGAUAGAGAAGAAGCUGCAGGUGGCCUGGGAGGCCAAGCAGAAGAAGAACGUGCUCUCGACGUACGCUGCGUUGAUGGCGUUCCUGGAAGAGCAGUGUCGAAUCUCCGAGAAUCUCGACACCAAAGUGAAACCUGUGAAGGAGAGUGCGAAGCCGAAGACGGCGGGAAGAAGCCACACGCUGGCAGUGAGUGAAUCGAAAAACGAACAAAAGUGUGCAGUGUGCAAGGCCGCUCACGAACUGUGGAAGUGCGAAGCCUUUAAAAACAAAAGCGUCAGUGACAAGUACGAGAUCCUGAAAAAGUGCGGCGCCUGCUUCAAUUGCUUGAUGAAAGGCCAUCGAACCCGCGCGUGUUCGUCCGGCUCUUGUCGCUACUGUGGCAAGAAGCACCACAGCUCGCUCCAUGAGGAGAGUCCCAGCCAGGUCCCGAACAGCGCAGCUCAAACGACGCAUGCGUCCGAAGUGUCCCAGACGGCCAACACACCAGCAGCGGGAACGUCGACAACCCUGUGCGCGAGCGCUGCGAGCUCGGAGAAACAAACCGUCCUCUCGACUGCCGUGUUUCUGGUUGACGGCAAGUGCAACACUCCCAUCCCGUGCCGUGUGCUACUCGACUCCGCCUCGCAGAUGAAUUUUGUGACCGAACGCUUUGCAAACCUUCUCUCCCUGAAACUGAAACCCGCUGACUUCACUGUCAGUGGUCUGAGCGGUAACAAAACCCGGAUUAGCCGUCGACUGCGCGCGGCCAUCAGGCUGCGUGGCAAUUCGUUCGAGGUCACCGACGACAGCUCGAAGACGAUGGUGAAAACGCUGGGCGUUACGUGGAACCCGUUUGAGGACUGGUUCUCGGUGUCAGUCCCCGACUUCGACGACCUGGAAGAAGUGACUCGGAGGAAGCUUCUGAGUCAGCUGGCCAAGAUCUUCGACCCCUUGGGAUUCUUCGGGCCAGUCAUUACUUACGCGAAGCUGAUCCUGCGAGAAGUUGGCGAGCUGCACAUCGAGUGGGAUGACGUCUGUUGGGUCGGUGAGAAGUGGCGGAGCUUUCGCAUCGAGUUGACCGCGCUGAGAGAAGUGCGACUGCCGAGAUGGAUCUCCUGGAAAGGUGCGCUCAAGCUUGAGCUGCACGGGUACGCGGACGCAUCUGAUCUGGCCUACGGUGCGUGUAUCUACGUGAAGGGCUUCUUCGCGAACGAGGCGACCGAGAUGAGAUUGAUCUACAGCAAGUCUCGAAUCCUGCCCAAGAAACGGAAGCCCAAGGAGAAGGCCAUCUCGACCCCCCGAGCUGAACUGCUGGCGGCACUGCUGCUCGCUAGAAUGGUCGUGAAGUUCCUGAGCGCCACGGAACACCAGUUCGAAUCGGUGCACCUCUGGAGAGACUCGCAAAUCGUCCUGGCUUGGCUCAAGAAACUCCCGCAGCUGCUGCAGACGUUCGUGUCGAAUAGGAAGCUGAUCAAGUUUAAGAAGUGGUGGCAGGGCCGACCACGCACAACUGUAGCCGCGGCUGCGGACGAAAUCGUGAUUCCGGAUGACGAGCUGCCGGAAAUGCGAACUGGAGUAGUGCUGGCCAUGACAGCUCCUGUCGAACGUUUCCCGAUGUUUGACAAGUUGAGCAGUUUCACGGGGAUCGUCAGAAGCAUGGCCUACUUGAUGCGCUUGGCGAGGUUCGUCAAGUCGCGCAAAACGGAGGUGGUGAAGGGACGACUCACUGCCAAGGAGAUGCGCACAGCGACGCUCGUGGUCGCAUUCCAGCCAGAAAUCCUCGCACUGAUGGACGGUGCGGACACAAACCAUCGACUCAACGGGCUGAAGGCAUUCCGCUCUCCCGACGACGGCCUUCUGCGAGUUGGUGGCCGGAUCAAGGGGGCCUUCGUGCCGUACGAUAGCCGUCACCAGAUGCUGCUGCCGGCUAAGCACCCGAUCACCGAAGCACUCGUCCGAGAACUGCACGUGGACAACCUGCAUAUCGGGCAACGAGGUCUGCUAGCGGUUGUACGACAACGAUUCUGGCCGCUCAACGUGAAGAGUACAAUCCGCCAAGUGAUCCGAAAGUGCAUCGUGUGCUUCAAAACGAACCCGUUGAAGACGACACAGUUGAUGGGUGACCUCCCGUCGUAUCGUGUCCAGCCAGCUCCGGUCUUCUCAAACACCGGUGUGGACUACGCCGGGCCAUUCUGGAUCAGGUCGUCGUCGGCCACGCACAAGCCCCAGAUCACGAAGGCUUACGUGUGCUUGUUCGUGUGUCUGCAGACCCGGGCCAUUCACUUGGAGCUGGUCUCGGACCUGACGACGGACGUCUUCCUAGCGAGCUUGCGACGAUUCGCCAGCCGACGCGGGUGCCCGAAAACGAUGCACUCCGACAACGGAACCAACUUUGUCGGGGCCAAAACGAAGCUGCACGAACUUUGGCAGAUGUUCCAGAAUGAGUGCGCCACGAAGAAGAUCGCCAGCUACUGCAUCGAGAAGGGAAUCGAGUGGUCUUUUAUCCCGCCGCGGAGUCCACACUUCGGCGGCAUCUGGGAGGCCGGCGUGAAGCAGGUCAAGCACCACCUGAAGCGGAUUGUCGGCGAGCGAAAGUUGUCCUACGAGGAACUCUACACCACGCUGACCCAGAUAGAAGCUGUUUUGAACUCGCGGCCCCUAGUGCCGAGCUCGGACGACCCGUCGGACUACACCGCGAUCACGCCAGCGCACUUCUUGAUCGGACGCGAGAUGCAGGCCGUGCCAGAACCAGACUACUCGCACCUGAAGGAGAACCGAUUGUCGCGAUGGCAGCUGGUGCAGACCAUGCUGCAGCACUUCUGGAGGCGGUGGACAGCUGAAUACCUGCCGGAGCUGCAAAACCGAUCGAAGUGGCUGAAGACGAAGUUUGAAACGUGCGUAUCCAAGCUUACCAAAAUGGAAAAUAAUCUGCACCAAGUGCUGAGCAUCAACGUGGAAGGUUCCAGUAAGGGCGACGGCGGAUACAGCUUCAUCUGUCUGGACUCCAAGUGGGACGUAAACAACAGGUGUGGCCCCUGGACUCCGGGAGACUUGCUCACACUGAACUCGAUGCAUAAUGAUUUGCACUGCAAUCGCAAGCUAAUUGAGUUCAUCAUGAGGUAA